AUGGGCAACGUUGCAUCCACCACACUUUACGCGCCUUCGAGCGACUUCUCUGCAUCUGACAAGCUACUGGAUCAGAUGGAGAAGCAGGAGUGCAUGGCUGCCACGUCGAGCUGGAUGGAGACCGCUGCUUGCUUCUGCGCGGUUGUUCUGUCGACGAUGGCGGCGCUGCUCGCGGGCAACCUCACCGGAUCGCUAGAGGAGCCGAAGAAAACCCCGGUUCUGGUCAAUGCAGCUUGCCAAACUGAAGAUGGAGAUUUCCUCGAGUUGAUUGUGAACAGCAACUGGCAACCCUGCAGCGUCAGCAGCAAGGAUGUCGACGACGACGACGACAAUGAUUGCCAUUCGUGCACAACUGAGGAGGCAGACUUGUUCACUGAUGCCGAAUGCGAAGAAGACGAGCAGGCCUUGGACGACAACGACUCCGACUGGGAAAGUGCGAGCUCAGCAUCGGACGAUUUCUUCAACGCUAUCUGCGAUGCGUGUGAGGGUUGCAGUGAUUGCGACUGCGAGACUCAGGCAGACCAGUUGCUGCGCCUGACAGCAAUGGUGUGCGCUGAAGACAACGACGACGCUCGCAUCUACCUCGACGACUAUCUCUGCACGUGCGGCGAGUGCCCUCAAUACGAACAGAUUGCUCGAGACGUCGCGGUUGGGGCAUCAAAGACGUCGUUGUAUAUGGCGCAGCAACGGCAAAGCGUCACGCGUCUGCUGCAGGCGUUCUCGACUUACAACGAGGUUGCUGGCUACCGUCCUGACAUGAUCCCCGCCGCCCACGAGUGUCUACGAAUCUGGAGUGGAGAUGAAGACAAGGCGUUCAAGUCUUUCGUCACGCUGUACGACGACGUGCCACAGCUGUGUGAUGCAUACCACCGCGCCUGA